AUUGCGAAGCGUCGCUGGCGGAGGCCGGCAGUUACCCGCGGCCCCAGGGAUGCCUGAAAGUCAAAGGAAAAACAGUGAAAGCCACAGCAGCAGCAAUAGUUCCAGCACUGGCAGUUCUGUUGCUUGCUUUGGACAGUAUCAAUAUACAGCAAAUGAAUAUCAAGCUAUCCAGCAUGCUUUGCGUCAGAAACUGGGUCCAGAAUAUAUCAGCAGUCGGCAAGCUGGAGGAGGACAGAAGGUCUGUUAUGUUGAGGGUCACAAGGUAAUCAGUCUGGCCAAUGAAAUGUUUGGCUUCAAUGGCUGGGCUCAUUCAGUCACUCAACAGAAUGUUGAUUUUGUUGACCUCAACAAUGGCAGGUUCUAUGUGGGUGUCUGUGCAUUUGUGAAAGUCCAGCUUAAGGAUGGAUCAUAUCAUGAAGAUGUGGGUUAUGGAGUGAGUGAAGGCCUAAAAUCUAAGGCCUUGUCCUUAGAAAAAGCAAGAAAAGAGGCAGUAACAGAUGGACUGAAGAGGGCGCUUAAGUGCUUUGGGAAUGCUCUUGGGAACUGCAUCCUAGACAAAGACUACCUUCGAGCUGUGAAUAAGCUUCCACGUCAGAUGCCACCUGAGUUGGAUUUGGUCAAAGCUAAAAGACAGGACUAUGAGCCUGAAAUAGAGAAAGCAAGAUACAAUAGCUGUUUGGAAAGGCAGAGCACAGGAUGGAGACAGCAUGGUGAGACAGUAUCUACUUGUAAACCUGGGCAGAUGGAGACUCCCACAGAUGCUGAAUAUCAAAAACAGCUAAAUAGCUGCAGAAACAUAGACUCCUCAGCUACUGAGCGUGAUGCUACUUACCAGCGGAAAUUGCGACAAAAGCAGCUACAGCAACAGUUCCGGGAACAGAUGGAGAGCAAGCAGCAGGUUCCAGUAGUGAAUCCAGGCAGCAAACAGGCAACAUCUGAUCCUCCUGUAAAGCACAGCACUCCAACGACAGUACAACAAGAAUUAGCAAUAGAAGAGGAAUUCUUUGCAGAUGACCCCGAACUUUGGGAUAUUUCCUUGGAGACCACAGAUCUUAACAUAGCCAGCCACAAAAUGGCAGGCCCAUCAGCUGGACACCAGACACCUGAAAGACCCCUUGGAUGUCAUCAAAUGACUACUCGUAACAGAACACCUCAGAGAACGAAUUAUCACAAGUCUUCUGCAAGGCUUGCCCAAUUGCAGCCGUCUACUAAUCGCAUGAGCAGUAGCCACUGUGCCAACUGGCCUGCAUCAGCAGAGUGCAGUCCAUGUAGAAGUCAAAGCUUGAAGAAAAGGCGGCUAGAACCUACAUAAGACAGCUGGUGGUAUCAUUACCUAGACGCUGAAUUACAUCAGAGGACUGCAGUUGGCUGUUCAAAUUAUGUGGAGAAAUAAGGCAUUAAUGGAUUCUCCUGUAUAUUUUGAUGGUGCAACACAGAAGAGAGCUUAAUGUGACAUACCAUAAAGACCUUAAUGUACUCUGGGGUCAUUAUAGAAAAAGGCAUUUGAAACAUUUUAAACAAGCAAUCAUGAGUGCUUCUGUAGCACUAGAUUUGUGGCUGUAUUACAAGUUGAAGUUACAAUUAACUUGCCUGAAAUGAUAGCAGAAUUAAUUGCUGGCAUGAGACGCAAGUCAUUGCGUCUUUCUUCCUCGGUGUUGCAUUUCCGCACAGAGGAAACCAUUUUUCAGUAGAGGGGGGAGAAAGUGGUUUAAGGUCACAGGAUGGAAAGUGUACAAGCUGUGGGCUCCCAUUCAGUAAGGCUGAGCACCUAAAACUAAUUGGUGUCAGCAUCUGCCUCCAGGUGCGGCCCAGCUGCGCCACAUGGCUGCACUAGUGGGGUUGGAACUGCUCGCACUAAUAAAACUAUCCUCAGGCUUCUGGAGCAGCAGGACAUUUGGCUGCGCUGCUGCAGCAGGACAGUACAAGGGCAGGAGCAUGCUGGGACUGCUGCUGAGGAGUUGCACAUGGAAUCUCAGCCUCAGACAGUGUUUGCGUAGGAGCUUUAUAAAAUGGAUGGGAGGUGCAGUUUUGUUCCUUGAAGUUUUUAGAUAAGCUUUCAGUCUUCCUUACUAUUAAAAUAAACAUGAAACUUGAAAAACAAA